ACUUUGUAAUUUUAUUAUAUUUAUUUAACUAAUAUACUAUGUCCUUCGUAGAUCAUUUAUUAAACUCUAGUAGUGUUAAGUUUCUUUCAGGCUUUUUAUGGUUUCCAAAAGUAAGCGCGGCUGUCACCAGGGAAUCUGUACCAUGUGUUCGACCCGAUGGAUCAAUGGGUCAAAAAGAGAUCUGCGCGGACGAAUCGGGGAACAGGAUAGAAUGUCCCGAUGAUGAUGAUGAUAAUAGUGAUUAUGUACUCUCAGGUUCAAAUAAUCACUUUAAGAUAAUGGCUCCCCCACCAUUUUAUGCUGAUCUGCAAAAAAACGCAAAUGAUAUCUUCUCUAAGGGAUAUCACUUUGGUGUGUACAAACUUGACCUGAAGACCAAGAGUGAGGCGGGAGUUGAGUUUAACAGUUCAAUCACCUCCAAUCAAGAAAGUGGAAAGGUUGUCGGAAGUCUUUCCUCCAAGUAUGCCGUGAAGGAUUAUGGCCUAACUUUCACAGAAAAAUGGACAACAGAUAAUACUCUUGCCACUGAUAUCACAAUCCAAGACAAGAUUGCUGCAGGCCUAAAAGUUACUCUUGAGGGUACCUUUGCACCACAGACUGGAUCAAAAACUGGAAAGUUAAAGACCUCAUUUGCCAAUGACACAGUGGCGGUAAACACAACUGUAGACUUGGACCUUGCUGGACCUAUUGUGGAUGUGGGUGCAGUAUUGUCAUACCAAGGAUGGUUGGCUGGAGUAAACUCACAGUUUGAUACACAGAAGACCAAGUUCUCAAAGAACAACAUUGCUCUGGGUUACCAAACUAAGGACUUCAACGUCCACACAAAUGUAGAUAAUGGCAAAGAAUUUGGUGGUUCCAUCUACCAGAAAGUGUCUGACAAAAUUGAGUGUGGCGUCAGCAUGAAAUGGACAACAGGUACAACAGACACACUGUUUGGUGUGGGAGUGAAGACUGCACUAGACCAGGACACAUCUCUCCACGCUAAGAUCAACAAUAAGGCAAUCGUUGGACUUGGAUACCAACAGAAGCUGCGUCCAGGAGUUGUCCUGACAUUGUCUGCUGCUAUUGAUGGACAAAACUUCAACGCUGGCGGUCACAAAGUCGGUCUUGCCCUCGAGUUGGCUCCCUAGACGCUUCACCCACUAAUUGUAGAUAUUCAAUAUUUACUGUUAAAGUAUUUCUAAUUCAAUUACAAUUCCGUAUGUUAUAUACGUGAGCGUUCGACGCAAUAGAUGCAAUGUGCUUUCCUAUAUUAGUCUAGCUGUUUUCCUCUACAUGUUAGCACUUGUCAUUUUACCGUUAUAUUUAAUUCAUGAUAGGUCCAAUACCGUGGAGUUGUAUAUAAGCACCAAUGGUGUAUUGAAUGAGAAUAAAUAAUGAAUUAGUCAGUGGAAUCAAUCUUGUUUUUGUUGACCCUUUGUUCCUUAUAUCCAAUGUAUUUCUUUUGAAGAGUUUUAUUUGUUAUGUCUGCAUAUGUUUAAUAAACUAUUUUAAUUUUA